ACUCUCCUGCUUCAGCCUGUGUGGUGCUAGAAUUACAAGUCUCAGCCCCCACCCCAGCACCUCUACACAAGUGACUAUAACCCUGCUUACUUUUCUGUGCGAGUCCCCAAACUAAGCAGAUGUCUGUAAGACAUGAAUCUCGAAGAAAGUAGACCAAACCUGCUCCUUUUGAAUUUGGCCAAACUGAUAAGCACGCCUCUGUUUCUAGGUGAAAGAGGAAACGAUGGACUCUAGAAGCUACUCCAGCCCUCCAGACAGGCUCUCCGUCUUCUCUGAGUCUGCCCACUUGCCACCGUCCAGGCCGUUUUACUUGGACCCCAUGGUCACUGUCCACCUGUGCCCAGAGGCCCCCGUGCCUCCCGUUUACACGGAGGAGUUGCCUCUGCUGCCCUUUUCCAGUGAUGCUCUGAUCAUGGACAAUUAUGGGGACCCGUACGCCUUCCCCUUCCCCAUGCCUUAUGUCAACUACAGGCGCUGUGACUACGCCUACGGGCCAGCCUUCAUCCGCAAGAGGAACGAGCGUGAGAGGCAGCGAGUCAAGUGUGUGAAUGAAGGCUAUGCCCGGCUGCGGCGCCACCUGCCCGAGGACUACCUGGAGAAGCGACUCAGCAAAGUGGAGACCCUCAGAGCUGCCAUCAAGUACAUCAGCUACCUGCAAUCUCUCUUGUACCCAGAUGAGACUGAGACCCAGAGGAACCCUGGCACCACCAGCUGCGGCCCCCAAGAGCCCUCUCUCAGAGUCAUUUGAGUUGGCGCCUUCCAAAAUGGGGUGGGUCUCCUACAGCAGCAUCCAGUAGAUUGUCACAUGCAUGGUUUUGAGGAGAGGACAACAGAAGUCCCACUACCAGUCUUCAUUAAACGUUGCUUACCUGGGUUUCAGAUGUACUGAAGUAUCUCACGUGGACUGAGAAUCUCAAGCUGGCCUCACCACUCUAAGACCGCUGAGGGUACAGAGUUCCCAGGGGUCUAUGCACCUCCCACCCCAUCCUUCUUCCAGCCUUGGUCAAAGGAUCUCUCCAAAGAAUGGAGAGGCUGAAGCGUGACUACUCAGUGAUUGUCUCACACUUGGUAAAUACUUGUUGCUACUAUUUUCCUGUCACCUGUGUCUGGUCCACCCUUAAUUUUCAUCCCGGACUCUGCUCUCAACCAGCUCUACCCUCAUUUUGUGAAGUCUUUUUGUGCAUAUGUGCAUGUCCUGUAAGGCAAUGUGUGUAUAUGUGUUAAUUCUUAAAACAUCAUUGCUCAAACCGAUGGCUACCUUUUGAUGACUACCUAAGAAGGUUCCCACUUAGUUUAUUA